AUGGAGAAAGAAAGGAGAGGAGAGAAUAAAUCAGGAGAUAAAGAGAGUCAUAAGAGAGGAGGAAAUGAAUCAGAAGCUAAAGAGAAUCUUAAGAGAGGAGAGAAUAAAUCAGGGGAUAAAAUGGAGAAAGGAAGGAGAGGAGAGAAUGAAUCAGGAGGUAAAAGGGAGAAAAAAAGGAGAGGAGAAAAUGAAUCAGGAGAUGAAAAGGAGAAACAAAAGAGAGGAGAGAAUAAGUCAGGAGUUAAAAAGGAGAAACAAAAGCGAGGAAAGAAUGAAUCAGGAGAUAAAGAGAAUCAUAAGAGAGGAGGGAAUGAAUCAGAAGAUAAAGAAAAUCGUAAGAGAGAAGAGAAUGUAUCUGUAGAUAAAAUGGAGAAAGGAAGUAGAUAA